CUCUCUGCCGUCGUGAUCUCCUGUGUUGUGUUUUCUUUCCGGAGGCACGACCCGAUCCGACAUACUAUAUUCUCGUUUUCUUGCAGGCCAGCGCUAGAUCCGGUCUCUUUAAACGCCGUUGUUCCUUCCUACACGACGCCGCAUCGUUCCUUCUUCCCCGAGUAGCUCCGCCGCCGCUAGAUUACGGCUUCUCGUCCGGUCGGAUAUCUGAGCUCUGCGUUUCGUGUUUUCUCUCUAUAGCUUUUGAAAUGGCCAAAGUUGAGAUGGGUUGCUAGUUUGCAUUCCUCUUUAUGAUGGACCAGAACAACUCAACUAUAAGGACAUACAUGGCCAUCAUGGCUGAGAGGGAUGCUGCCAUCCUAGAACGGAACAUGGCCCUAGAUGAGAGAAAAAGAGCUUUAGCAGAGCGAGACAUGGCGAUGUUGCAGAGGGAUGCUGCAAUUGCAGAGCGCAAUGCUGCCCUAGAUGAACGUGAUAGUGCCAUAUCUGCCCUUAAAUUGCGGGAAAGCUCAAUGAAUGAUGAAAAUAUUGUUUCCAAGUCACCAGGAGCUGAACACAUUCAUUACCAGCAGGAGAUGCAUGAAAUGAUAAGUGCAGCUGCUUAUGACCCAACGGAAAACCUCACAAACGACCCCAUCAAUGUGACAGAUCCUACUCCCCAAACAGCCAAUCCCAGGAAGGUGAGGCAACCAAAAGAAAGCAAACCUAAAAAGGCAUCCAAGUUACCAAGGGUGGUUAAAAGAGAGGAGGUAGAGGAUUUGAGUUGGCAGGCAGUUUCUACAUUAGAUGAUUGGGACGAUGGGAACUGCGGGGAGUUUGUGGACACCAGUGAUGAAGAACAAGACAAGGACCUGGAUGAUACAUGGGAAGAAGAUUUAGGUUUCGAGCAGGUAAAUUCUGAUAUGUCUGCAAUGCCAGUGCCAGUUUGUUCCUGUACUGGAACCCCUCAACCGUGUUACAAAUGGGGAAAUGGUGGGUGGCAAUCAGCCUGCUGCACAACUACCAUAUCCAUGUACCCGUUGCCACAAGCAUCACAUAAGCGCUAUUCCAGAGUUGGUGGUCGAAAGAUGAGUGCAAGCGCAUUCAGUAAACUGCUGAGCCGUCUUACUGCCGAAGGCUAUGACCUGUCUGCUCCACUUGAUCUGAAGGACCAUUGGGCAAAGCAUGGCACAAAUCGGUACAGUACAGUAAAAUAGCAUUGCCAGGGCCAGCCAGCAGAUUGUGCUAGCCUCCUCAUCUACCUUUGAUUAAAAUGAUCUACAUUCAUAUCCUGGAGAAAGAAUUCAAGAUGUAGCUCAAAGAUUUGCAAAGGUUUUGAAUUCUAUUUACUGUGAUGGUAGGAUUUUCUUUCAAGAGCAAUCGUUAUUGUUCUGAACAUAUUUUAUUUCGAGCAUACAAUCAAGAAUUGAACUGACAUGAGAUUGUAAUUAGAAAAUGCAUAUGGUAUCCGCCAAAA